AUCUCUGCAUGCAGGGGGAGUGAUUUGAUUUUCAGCUGAUUCAAACAUGGAGACCCUGGGUGAGCUAGUUUUGUUGGUUAGUUUGAUUAUCGUGUGCUUUAGUGCUAGAGGUUGCUCACAGGCACAGCCGCAGGGGCCUCAAGUACCAUGCUUCUUCAUCUUUGGUGACUCCUUGGUGGAUAAUGGAAAUAACAAUGGCAUGGUUACACUUUCCAGGGCUAAUUACAGGCCCUACGGCAUCGAUUUUUCCCAGGGUACCACGGGUCGUUUCACCAAUGGUCGCACUUUUGUUGAUGCUCUUGCUCAACUUAUGGGGUUUCCACAGUACAUUCCACCCUAUUCAAGAGCUCGGGGCCCUGAACUGUUGCGGGGAGUUAACUACGCCUCAGGAGCAUCUGGUAUUCGAGAUGAAACGGGCGACAAUCUGGGAGAUCACACAUCGAUGAACGGACAGGUCGCCAACUUUGCCAACACGGUGGUGCAAAUGAGAAGGUUGUUCAGAGGAGACACCAAUGCUCUCACCAGCUAUCUAAGCAAGUGCAUAUUCUAUUGUGGGUUGGGAAGUAAUGAUUAUCUUAAUAACUAUUUCAUGCCCAACUUCUAUACAACUAGCUCGGAUUUCACUGCAAAAGCUUAUGCAGCCGCUCUCAUUCAGGACUAUACCCGCCAGCUAACUCAAUUACAUAGCUUAGGAGGUCGUAAGGUGAUCGUAACAGCUGUUGGACCAAUUGGUUGCAUACCGUACCAGCUUGCAAGGUAUCAUAGUAACAGCACCGGCUGCAAUGAAACUAUCAACAAGGCAAUCGUUCUUUUCAACACCGAGCUAAGGAAGGUGGUUGAUCGUUUCAAUGGUGGUCAACUGCAAGGAGCAAAGUUUGUUUACCUGGAUUCCUACAAGAGCAGCACUGAUCUAUAUAAAAACGGGACAGCUAAUGGUUUCGAAGUGAUAGACAAAGGAUGUUGCGGAGUUGGAAGGAACAAUGGGCAGAUAACUUGCCUUCCCCUUCAACAACCAUGUACUGAUCGAAGAAAAUACUUGUUCUGGGAUGCCUUUCAUCCAACCGACCAAGCCAACAUUAUGUUUGCACAGGCAUCAUAUGGAUCACAGUCAUACACAUAUCCUAUAAACAUACAAAAAUUGGCAAGUCUAUAAAAGGGAUUCACAUCUUCUUGGAGUCAUAUGCGCGCAUGUUGUUUCAGUUCAUAAUUAAUGUAAUGUGAUUGUUUGUCAA